AAUGUGAGAUCAGGAGUCCGCUCAGAGAGCGCAGCUCCUCUCCGCGUCGCGCAGACUUAAAAACUGAUCCUCGCCUGCUCUAACGCACAUUUAGAGUCGAGGAUGAAGUGAUUUAUCCGAGCGGACGCUGCAGCAGACACUUUUCUGGAUCUACCUUCUUACUACGAUCGGAUCUCUUUUUCUCUCUCCCUCGAACGGAAAAAAAGUUUGCUUUUGGACCCAAACACAGCUGGAGUCCGCAGAUGGAAACAACCUGUACGUCGAGCGCACUUCAUUCCGGAUGUCUUCCAAUAUGGACCCGGAGUCGCUGAGAAGGUGAAGACUGAAGUGUUAAAUGCUCACCUCAAGACUUCCAGCAACACAGCAUCUGCUCGUCUAUCUGCUGUCCCUUCACUGACUGUGUGAACCAUUUGUAAGACUGUUCACGAUGGCAUCUAGUCUGACGUGUACGGGUGUUAUCUGGACGCUGCUGUCCCUGCUGUGUGCUGCCGCCUCCUGCGUCGGCUUCUUCAUGCCCUACUGGCUGCUGGGGACGCAGAUGGACAAACCGGUGUCCUUCGGGACAUUCCGGCGCUGCUCCUACCCAGUGAGGGACGAGGAGAGGCAGAUCACAGUGAUGCUGGAGCAGUGUGGGCGCUACGCCUCCUUCCACGGCAUCCCGAGUCUGGAGUGGAGGAUCUGCACGGUGGUGACGGGUGUGGGAUGUGGUCUCCUCCUGCUGGUCGCGCUCACGGCUCUCAUGGGCUGCUGCAUCUCUGACCUCAUCUCCCGUACCAUUGGACGCGUGGCCGGCGGCAUCCAGUUUGUUGGAGGUCUGCUCAUUGGGUCGGGCUGCGCCCUCUAUCCUCUGGGAUGGGACAGUGAGGAAGUACAACAGACCUGCAACAACAGCUCAAACCAGUUUCAACUCGGCUCCUGUCAGAUCGGCUGGGCGUACUACUGCACGGGGGCGGGGGCGGCCGGCGCCAUGCUGCUCUGCACCUGGCUGUCUUGUUUUGCCGGGAAGAAGCAGAAGCAGUACCCGUACUGACGAGAGCGUCGGAGACGGGGAACAGACAAGAGACCUCGGGCGGUUUACGACAAAAGGGAGAGGACUCCGAUUCCGUGGGCUCGCACCGGGUCAGCACAUCAGGCACCAAAGACACCAGGUCAUCAUGGUGCGCUGCACAUCGUGGGACACUGCUCAUCUGACAGCUGCAGGGACUCUUUCAGAACACGCACACACACACACACACACUCACACACACACGGCUCUGAGAAACCGGUACUUCAAUGAUGAGAUGUUCGUUAAUGACAAAUGUAUGGACCAAUCCUGUUUGUAAAAUGUUACUUUUUAUUUAACGAAAAGAGGGUUUGCUUUCUUCUUCUUUUUUGUCCUCUUCUUCUACAGUCGUUGAUGUUUAUGUGUUAGUGUAACCUGUGAUGAACAGAGAAGUCAGAUUCCCUUAUUGUUACCUGAAGUGUUUUGCGUCUCCUUAAUUGUGUCUUUUUCUUGCCUUAAACACGACCUGAAAUGCAAUAAUCCUUAUAUUGUUUAGCAGUGCAAAACUGACUGCCUGCCUGCCUCCUCAACUCAGACUUUUCAGAUUUCCAAAUAUUUUAAGCAUAGUUUAUUUAACGCAUUCAUAAAGAUAUACAUUGUAUAUUGUAUUGUAUUUUAUCAUGUUAUCACAUGUUUUGUAUCCACUCUCAAUUUAUUCUUUGUCAUUCUUUCCUGUUUUGUAAAUAAAUGUUUACUGAAAUCCA